CGGUCGCCGGGGGUCUGUUGUGAUUCCUGUUCAGACGCGGCUAGUUCAAGUUGCCAUAGUACGGAGAAGCUGAUGCUUACUUUUCUGUUAGCUAACACUCGCAAUGUCUUCUUUUUUUAAGUAUUUAUAACGCAUGCAAGUAUUUCCUCUGUUUUAACACGUGGUGUUUUGUAGCUUUACGGUGCUAUUUUAGAGCUAAAUGAGUUGGCUAGCCUUGUGUUAGCUUGCUAUCGUUCACAGUAGUUGCCACUUGUUGCUAGCCAGGAGGAGCAUCACUCUCAACAAUGUCCACGGCUGUGAUUGAUUGUGAGGGAGUCAGUGCAUCCCAGGACAGUGCUUUCCUAAUCAGAACGUUUGUUUUUGGCUUAUUAACUCGACGAUGAGGGAGCUCAUAUGUCAGUUUGCUAUGAUAAGUAUGUAUUGUCAAAAAAGAUCAGGACUGUCCCACCCUUUUUGUUAAUCUGAUUAGUAAACAGUUAACGUCCUGCGUCGACGAAGCGAGGACACAACACUAACCGUCAUUUUUAACCCAAUCGGUCAUUUUUUGUCACUACUCCUGCGAACCUGACUCAAACUAUGGACACAUCUAGCGGUUCGGAUUCAUACGAUAGGACCCGUGGACACAGGCAUCGGGGGCGUGAAGCCCACCGCAGACCUGCCCGGGACAGGGGCAGAGCCAGUGGGAGCGGAGGUGGUGAUCAAGCCGCAGACAUCUCCGAGAAGAUCAACACCCUGGCGAACACUUUGGAGGACACCAGUAGAAACUUGACUAAAGUAGACCGGAUGCUGGGGCAGUACAGGGACCACACUGAUGAUCAGGCUGAGGCCAUGGCACUGCUCAGAGAAAACUUGGAGGAGUCGAUCAAUCAGCUGCAAACCCAAAGGCUGAGCAGAUCCAAUGGUGCUCAGAGUGCUUCUGCAUCAGCCUCCACACUACAUACCAGUGAGCUGGAGGGCGGCUCUGGGUCAGAAGGCCACCGUUUCUACCCCACAUCUCCACUGAAGGACUACACUGGCACUGCCACAAGGAGGCGGAGGUCACAGUCUGUUGGUGUUCGCUUCAACGAUGUCAGCAUGGCAGAAGAAGAUAUUCACUCUUUGCAUCAGUCAUUGAGGGAUCUUCGUUGUGACCAGCAGAGACUGUCUGAAGACCUGGACAGAGAAGUCUUCAAGAGGAAUAGGUCUGAUAUUGACACCAGGCGAGCGAUGGAGAGGCUCACAGGGCAUGUGGCUACUUCCCAAAGACAAGACACAGUGUCGUCUCGCGUGGAGCGGCGUCUGCAGGAGCUCGAGAGAGAGAUGCACAGCGAAGAGAGGAGCAUGGAGCGAGAAAGAAGGCCCGAGCCGCGGGUGGCCUUGUCUGACGAGCUGCAGGAGACUUUAGUGAGGCGCCAAGUCCAAGCCCAUGAGAGAGAGGAGGCCAUUACAGCCAGGUUAUUGAAAGCAGAGAAAGAGAAGUCCAAGAUGGAGCAGGAUCUGGAGAGAGCUCGCAGGCUUUUAGAUCAGUCAGAAGACAGCAGAGAGUCACUAGUUCAGCAGGUGGAGGACAUGCGUGGUGAACUCCUGAGGACGAGGAACGAUAACACUGAGCUUCAGAGGGCCCGGGUUGAAACUUCCAAGGCUACUGCUCACGCACAUGGUAGCCAUACUGAAAGAUUGGAGGGAAGAGGUGGACUAAGAGGGCAAGAUCGUUCGGACCUAGAAAAAGAAGUGGCGGAGCUGCGAAUCCAGCUGUGCAAGGCCUCUGUUGUCGGUGAGGUUGAGGAACUGAAGAGAGCAUUGGAGCGCAAGGAGAAGGAACGGGUCAAACUUGGCUUUCAGGUGGAGGAAUUAUCAUCAGACCUGGCGCGACGGGAGCAACAGCAGCUACGAAUGCUGGAACAGUUAAGGGAGAUACAGAGCCGGGGGCAGGCGGAGAGGAGGGACAUGGAGGCUUUACUGCAGGAGAGUACAAGGAGCAAAGAUGAAUUGAAGACCAGGGCCCAGGAGGCUGUGCGCCAGUGGAGGGCAAAGUGCAAGAGAAUGCAAAAGGAGCUGGAGGAGGCAAAGGCCCAGGUUCAGUUCCAUACUGACAAGGCCUCGCAGGCAACCAGGGAAAAGGAGAGCUCACAGGCCCAACUGAAGGCGCUGAGCCAGCAGAUUGAGGCAGCCCGCAGGGAGCUCUCUGAAAUCCUAGGUCGCCUGGCCCAGCGCGAGGAAGAACUCCAUCGCAAGGACGUGGAACUGUCCGAGAGCCGCCAGCGGCAGUUGUCACUGGAGCAGGAAAUUCGGGAGGUAAGGGAGGCUAAAGCUGCUCUAGAGGAAGAGACUCGGCAUCAGGCUACCAUCCAAGCCAGACUAAGGGAACAGAACCAGAAGCUGGAGGAACAAGUCAACACCCAAACCCGUAGGUCUCAAAGAGAGAAGGACACACAGGCUGAGCUUCAGGCCGCCCUGAAGCAGAUGACUGCAGCCCACGCACAGCUAGCUCAGCGGCUAGCUGAGGAGGAGAGUUCCAGGAAGGAGCUCCAGAAAGGUGCUUCAGAUUUCCAAAUGAAGCUGACAGUGACACAGAAGGAAUGGGCAGCACUGGGGCAACAGUUGCAGCUUGAGAGAGAGGUGCAUCAGAAGGAACUGGACAACCUGAAGUCAUUGAUGGAAGACAACAGGGUGAAGAAAGAUUGUGAAAUGCAGGCACACCUGAAGGAGGCACAGGCAGAUGCAGCUUCAAACAAGGAGCUGUGUGGUGUCCUCCGCAUCAAGCUGGACAGGAUGAAGGAUGAGUGUGAUAAGCUUGCAACGCAGCUGAGCACAAAAGAGGAGGCACACGCACUUUUCCAGAGAAAGUACCAUCUACUCAAGCAGAAACUGGAUGACAAAGUCAGGUCAGGUGAACAGAGAUUCGUUUUGGAAUCAGAGCUUAAGGAGAAAUUGUUACGGAUGGAAGCAGAACAAGAAGCAAUCCUAACUUCCUUGGGUGAGGAAGUAGAUGCAGCCUGCCACAGUCUGGCUAGAGAUGGUGAAGACAAACUACAGGCAAUCUCACAGAAACCUGGAUUAGUGAAAGACCCCCAUCACUGGCUCGCUGAGACAAAGACAAAGCUACGCUGGCUGUGUGAGGAGGUGCGGGAGCGUGUCACAAGAGAACAGCGCCUCAGGAAGCAGCAUCAGCAAACCAGGGAUCAGUUGAAGGCCCUCAGGCAGAGCCGGGACUCAGAACACAUCACUCUUUUGCAGCGCCUGGACCAACAGGAGAAGCUGCUGAACUCUCUCAACACUGAGAAGAAAGAGCUGCUGGAUAGGAGUCGCAGGAAGGAGGAAGAAAUGAGAAGUCUUCAGGACCGUGUGUUGGAUGUAGAGAUGAACACAAGAGUAGCACUGGAGCACUUGGAGUCUCUUCCGGAGAAACAAUGUCUGAUGGAGAACUUCAAAGAUUUGGAGGAGUCACAGCGGCAGAAGGAGAUGGUGGAGCAGCGCUACACCAAAUACAAAGAGAUUGUGUGGGACCUGCAGCACCAGCUGGACGAGUCCAAACGCAGAAUCCAAGAGUACAGAGAAGAGAAGAUGGAUGCCACAUCCCGGAGCCUGAAGCUGGCUGCUCUUUCUUCCUCCAUCAAAGGCCCUAGCACAUUCCUCAGCAGCUCUCUGAGGUUUGACACCCUGUCUCCUCACAAAUGCCUGACCAGCUCAGAUUUGGACCACUCUGCAGUCAACGGGUCCAAACUCCUCACAGAUUAGCUCAACCACGACUGAAAUUGUAUCUGUAGUGCUUCAGAACCAGACAGCCAACUCUACCUGCCUGGUGCUCAUCCAGAACAAGAAUCCAACUUGACUGUAUACCAGGAGGCCUUGGACUCGAUACUACCUCAACCUGGCAAUCACUGAAAGAGCUUGACAGCAGAAGGAUAACAUUGAGACUUUGAACCAGGGAUUGAGAAAUAGUUUGAAGGAGAUAUAUACUUGCACUCAGUGAAGCAGCAUAUACUUAAGUAUUUUUAAUGGGUUUUAACCUAUUGUUGUUUUUAAAUUGAUAGCUUUUUUUCUGUACUCAUGUCAAUGUGUUUUAUACACAGAAUUCUGGUGCCUUUUUAUACAAUACAAAGUUUUAUUGUCACAAACAUUAGGUGGGGUUCAUCAUCAAAAUGUGACAAAGCUAUGACUUUUUUGGGGGGAAAAAAGCGAAGAAUGUAUGUCUAUGCACUGUGAAUAAUGAAGCUGGAUGUUUGUUUUUA